AUCCCAUUAUGAUGCUGCUGCAAUAUGGGCGCCGGUCCGAGGGAUUAGAAAGCAAAGGCCAGAGCUUCAGGACGGGAUCAGCAGCGAGCUGUGCGACCGAAACCACUGACACUGAUACAUCUGGAGAUACCCUGACAUGGGAUCUGCUCCACGUUUAUCUUCCGGACUGAGCCGUGUGCCGCCUGUUUUGGAGAGAUGACCGAUAAGACAAUGAUUAACCUGGCUGGCAAUGAUGAUGUGUGUGUCACUGCCACUGUGUGUGUGUGUGACAGGAGGUGAAGGUCUGGAUGAGGGACAGAGAUCACACACUUGAGCAGAGACAGUGACAGAGGCAGUCACAUCUAUUAUUGCUGCUUUAAGUGGAAAGUCUUUUACAACAGGCAGCAUAUCAAAACUCAAAGGAUUGUUUUUCUCCUUUAGAAGAAUUUUUUUUCUUGGCUCCCUUUGGUCCAUCGCAGCCAGCAGAGUAAGUGCUUAUUAAAAGUACAGCAGCGACACAACAGCUGCGACUAUGUCAAGGUCUGAGGAGGCAGUCAGAGUCUGAGACAGCACGCAGAGAAACACACAUUUCUUCGGCAGGAAACCAGAAGGAAACCCGGGAACAUCAGAGGGGGGAUCCGGACCGGCUGCAGGCUCUUCUUCUCCAUCCUCUGCUCCACCUGCAACUUCAGAUCCUGCACAGAAUCAUAUCCUCCACGCGUCUGGCUCUUCCUUCAGCUGCAGCAAUAACAGUCGUUGCCAUGGCGUCGGCGGCUCUGGAGCUGAUGGGGUUCUUCCUGGGUCUGCUGGGCCUGCUGGGAACCACUGUGGCCACGGUGCUCCCGUACUGGCAGAUCUCGGCGCACAUCGGCUCCAACAUCGUGACGGCGGUGGCCAACAUGCGGGGCCUGUGGAUGGAGUGCGUGUUCCAGAGCACGGGGGCCUUCCAGUGCGAGACCUACAACUCCAUGCUGGCCCUGCCCUCCAACCUGCAGGCAUCCCGCGCCCUCAUGGUCAUCUCCGUGGUGCUGUCCGUCCUGGCGAUAGCCAUGGCCUCCCUGGGGAUGCAGUGCACGCUCUGCCUGGAGGGCUCCGGUGCCGUGAAGAGUCGAGUUGCAGGCGCCAGCGGGGGGUUGUUCCUGGCUGCCGGCUUCAUGUCACUCAUCCCGGUGGCGUGGACCACCCAUGAAGUGGUCCAGACCUUCUACCAGCCCAACGUGCCCACCAGCAUGAAGUUCGAGCUGGGGGAGUGUCUGUACGUGGGUUUGGCCUCCUCUCUCAUCUCCAUGCUGGGCGGGGCCAUGCUGUGCGUGACGUGCUGCGAGGUGCAGGCCGGCGGCAGAGGGCGGCGGCUUGGGGGAGGGUACCCGUAUCCUGGGGUGCCGGGACCUGGGGCACGGACGACAUCACAGACCUACCACAACCCCAGCAUGCAGAUGGGGGGCGGGAACGCUGCCAGCAGGCUCCGCACGACCAGCCACAGCUCGCAGUCCAGCGCACACGCAGCGCAGGGAAACAAGAAGCCCACCGCGGCAGGAUAUGACAUCACAGGAUACGUGUGAGGUCACUCCACCUGUCUCCAUGGCAACUUUAAUUACACGUAUUUUUGUAUUUCUGCGCAUUUUUGGACAAACUGAAUACACAACCUACAAAGUGCAUCACAGUGGGGGGGGGGUUAAGGGGCCCUAUUAUGCUCUUUGGGGGUCUCCCUUUCCUGUAGUGUGUUAUAUAGCUUUCUGUGCAUGUAAAUGGUCUACAAAGGCUAAAAUCCCUGUGUUUCCUCCAGAGGGAGUUUCAGCCCCACACACUCCCCCCACCCCCCACCCCCCCGCCUGAAACGCCUUCAUUGGACUCUUUUGUUUACUUCUGUAACAUAGUGACAUCACUAUAAAAGACUUACGCUUCUAUUGGCUAGCGCUCCAACACAUCGUACCUUAUAGGCUAAGGGGCGGGACAUCUCUAAGCGGUUGACCAAUCACAACAGAGCCGGCCAGCUAACCAAUCAGAGCAGACUGGGCUCUGGUUUCAGACAGAGGGUGAGGAGAGGAGCUGCAGCACAGGCAGUAUGAGAAACAUAAAGAGCUUUCUGAACAUUAAAGCAUGGAGACAUGUCCCAGGAGAGACACUACAUACAACUAUGAACCUGAUCAUUACCAUAGUAUGGCCCCUUCAAAUCUUUACAAAAGUUUGUAGAAUAAAUUCUGGCACAGUUCAGUGUUGGACAGUUGAACGGUAACGAUGACAACAGACACAACAACGACACAAUUAGACUGACACUAUUUCACAGCCUUCUCUCUCUAAGUGUUUGAUCAUUAUUGCAGGAUGUCACACAUUUCCAUUACAUUGAUGGCAACUCAUUUAUUAUGUAGAAAAGUCUUAUACACACACACACGCACGCACACGGGCACACACACACACACACACACACACACACACACACACACACACACACACACACACACACACACACACACACACACACACACACACACACACACACACACUAAACUAAAAUGUGAAGA